UUAUCGUCUCCUCAAAGGCCAAAGCUAAGCACAUAAACCCUAAUCCCAACCCCUCUCCAUGAACGCAGCUAUCCACCGACUUGUUUGAUUAUCGCCUUUGCCUUUUACUGCAGCUCGGAUUCAAUCAUUCGAAAGGUUGCAUUUUGAAGGUCUGCCCUGUUUGUUAUUGUCUGUCAGCCAUUGAUUGCAACAAUGGGCAGUUCAUUUAAUCCCCAAAUCUUGGUAGAAAAGCUAGCCAAGCUCAAUAAUUCCCAAGCAAGCAUAGAGACUUUAUCACAUUGGUGCAUUUUCCAUAUGAAUAAGGCAAAACAGGUUGUUGAAACUUGGGACAGACAGUUUCGUUGCUCUCCACGAGAGCAGAGAUUGGCCUUCCUGUAUCUUGCCAAUGACAUUUUGCAGAAUAGCAGGCGCAAGGGUUCGGAAUUUGUCGGUGAGUUUUGGAAGGUCCUUCCUGAUGCUCUUCGUGAUGUGAUUGAAAGUGGGGAUGAGUUUGGAAGGAAUGCUGCAUUGCGUCUGAUCAGUAUAUGGGAAGAGAGGAAAGUAUUUGGUUCUCGAGGACAAAUUCUUAAGGAAGAGCUUUUUGGCGGACCAUCAGAAAGUAAUAAUAGAAAUGAGAGGCACAUAAGCCUCAAGCUGCAGAAACAGCCUGUUGUAAAUGCAGUGGACAAAAUAGUUUCAGGCUAUAAUGCUCUUUACGGUAGUCAGAUGGAUGAAGAUGUUAUAUUCAGCAAAUGUAGGAAUGCGAUUAAUUGUAUCGAGAAAGUAGAUAAGGAAAUUAGUACCGAUGUCGAUUCAGGGAAGUUCCGUGGAUCGGCACGUGUGGAGGAGGUGCAAAGUCAGUAUGCUGUAUUGGGAGACUGUAUCGAGCAACUAACGGCUGUUGCAUCAUCAAGAGUUAGCCUUGUCUCGCAUUUGAGAGAGGCUCUUCGGGAGCAGGAAUUCAAGCUGGAGCAAGUUCGUUCUCAGCUUCAGGCUGCACAGUUCCGAUCGGAACAAGCGGGUAAUAUCUGCAGACAGUUAUUAAAUUGUGACAAUCCCGAGUUAGUAUGCGAGCAAAGUUCAAAGGAAUCUCACACGUCCAUUGCACCUCAAAGUUUUAUUCCGGCAUCUACGGAACAAUCAGCUCCUGUUAUGUAUGCCUGGCAAGUAUCUUUUCCCGAUAAUUCUGGCCACAUCGAGGAAGAUCCUAGGAAAUCUGCAGCAGCUGCAGUGGCAGCAAAGCUAACUGCUUCAACAUCCUCGGCCGAGAUGCUUUCUUAUGUCCUCUCUUCCCUCGCUUCUGAGGGUGUCAUUAGAAAUCCCAUGAAAGAAUCUUCUGGUGAUUGCCCUUCCGAGAAGAGGCCUAAGCUCGUGGACGAUGAGCCAUACAUGCCAUCUCAGAAUGCUGUCGUCACCACCCAGCAGUUAACUCCAAACGAAGUGCCGCCAACACCUCCUCCAUCAUCAUCUCCCCCACCUUUGCCACUGCUGCCGGCGAUGGCACCAUAUGCUGUGUCCCAGUACAUGCCACCUGCAGGAUCGGUAAACGGUGCAGCAUAUAACUAUGGGAUGGCCCCAUCACACCAGCCUUCCUUGCCCGGUUAUUCAACGGCUGGGGGCGUGAUGACCGGCAUCUCCCCAUUUCCGACGUCAUUAACUAACAAUUCUUUCCAGAGUUUCCAAGGCUCUGAAGGUUUUUACAACCAACCGUCAUCUGUGCCGACGGCGUCGGAUUCUCUGCAAUAGAACUUCAACGAAACAUUGUUGUUUAGAAACCCUGUUUGGGUGCCACGGCCACGUACUAUAACAUCAUGUGCACAUUGUAAAUGUAUUAUUAUUUGGAAAACUCUCAAACU